AUGGACAACCCUCAAGGCCAGCAAAAAGCCGUUCUCGCCUUCCGCAAAGCAUGGAAAAGCGCACCAUGGAUCCCAAUAUCAAAAAUGCAAGCACUAUCCUUCCGCGAAAGACCUUUGGAAGGUUCAACCGUGGUCAGCAAAGUGCAAAUACCUCGUUCAGCUGAGGAGGAAGCGGAAUCACUGAGAGUCAAAGUAUGGGAUGCCUUUAAAUCAAAGGCUGAGGGGAUAGAAAAACUUGAUCCUCCGGCGGCUUGUUCUUGCUAUGAUGGGGAGUGGAUUGGGGUCGACAAUGAGCGCAAGACGACGCGGGAUGCUCAAGACGGAAUGACUGAACAAGGAAAAUACAAUCUUAUCGAGCAAAACCGACGAAAUGAUUUGACUUUUUUCUAUCUUUCUGGAGGUGCAUGGUUUCGCGCUGGCCCUCCUGGAGCACGACCACUGAUCAAGAAACUAUGUGAACAAACUGGAUGUCGAGCAUUCACCUUCCAGUAUCGCUUAGUCCCACAAUACACUCUUCUCACACUCGUCCUUGAUGUCUUGACUGCCUAUUUCUACCUCCUAUCCCCACCUCCUGGCUCCUUCCAUACACCUAUCGACCCAAAGAAAUUAAUCCUCGUCGGAGAAUCCGGGGGCGGAAUCCUACAUCUUGACAUUCUCCAAUUCAUUCAGUACAUCUACAAUAGCGACAGCAACACCACUUUAAAGACAAAUCCACAAAUGCAUUUCUUCGGCCGAGACGUGACUCCCACCAUGCCCGCUGGAUGCGCAAUAAUAUGUCCCGGCGCCGACAUCGCAUUAUCACUACCGUCAGUCAAAAAGUACGAGAAAACCGACUGGUUAUCCGAACGCGCACCAUGGCUCGAACCAAACUUCCCAGCAGACUCAAUCUGGCCCUCUAACCCUCCUCGCGGAGACCUGCACUGCGAUAACUCGGCUUUGUGUCAUCCAUUUGUCGACCCGUCUACACACACCGAUUGGCGUGGUAUGCCACCAAUGUGGAUUGCGUGUGGCGGAGAGACGUAUUCGGAUGGAAUAAAGUUCCUGGUAAGGAACAUGAGGGCAUCUGGUGUGUCGAUUAGGUUUGUGGAGUAUGAGUUUAUGCCGCAUGUGUGGAAUGUGGUUAUACCUACCUUGCCGCAGAGUAGGCAUGUUAUGAAACUCUGGGCGGAUGCUUGUUUGGAGUUGGGAGCUUCUGCUGUGGGUAAAAGACAGUCGGAGGCCUGUGCUGACGAGGAUGAGGGCUGCGAGGGAUGA